AUUCCUUGCCUGUAUCCUCCUCUGGAAUUGUCCCCCACUGCCUAGAAGAGCUGCUGUUCUGCCUGCCUGUGUGGUGUAAACCAUUGUGUUGAGGCAGACAGUGAGUUAUGGGCACAUCCCACUCUGAAAAGAUCCCAGGAGUCCAGGGAAAUGGGAAGGAAGUCAUCACAAUAGAAGAAUCUUUACAAACAAAAGGACAUUGAGACACCUUUUGCCUCCUGUUACGCCUUGAGAAUCCUUGCUACAGAAGCUGACCUGUCCUGAUCCCUCAGCCUGAAGACAUGUGCAUGGCUGAACCAACUGCAUCGCUGCUCCAAGUGGAAGAAACCUUCUCAGCAUGCCUGGCACGGAUAGAUGCUCUUGUCCUCAAGCCUCUGCUCCAGGCAGAGCCUAGUGACCAGAAGGGAAAGGAGAUCUUUAAGCUCUUUGUCUUCCUGAAUGACCGAUUUCAAGCUCUCUGGAACCUCACAGAAGAAAAUUACCGGAUAUUGAAACAAAAAUGCAGCACGUCUGAGGCAUUCUGUGUCCAGGACUUUUAUAUUGUCUGGAAAGGGGACCUGUUCCUAAGCCUCUAUAUCCAAUAUUUCGUCACUUUUGCGAACUACGUUGUAGUCCAUGGUUUUGAACACGCCACGAAGAGCAAGAGUGAAGCCUGGAAGCACCAUAAGACAGUGCUGAAACAAUUCCUCACAGACUUCACCUCUGAGACCUCCAUGUCACUGGCCUUGUACACCGUCCUUCACAAACCUAUCCGGGAUCACAUCGAGCAAUAUAUACUGCUCCUCACCAAACUGAAGGAGGUUCUCAAAGAGGGCCCUGAGAAGGACGUAGUUACCACUGCCAUCAAGGAAUAUGCGAAGCUUGAGUCUUUCGUCAGCCAAGUCCUGGAUGAAGCUUGUUUUACUGAAUCCUUAUGGAAAUCCUUGGGCUACAAAUUCACGGACAUGCUCUGUGUACCUGAAAGGAGGCUGCUGGAAGAUAGCAAAAAUCUUCCCAUCUCUGCCAGCACAAAUCGGUCAGACCGGGUCUUACUCUUCGAUGAUGUCCUUGUGUUAAUUCAGGGAAACAGCUUUCAGAGUUUUGAUCUGAAGCUUGUGUGGGUAGAUGAAAACUGCAAGGAGAAAUUAGCUCCAGGAAUGUACGGAUUCCGUGUUAUAACCCCAGAAGAAACAUUCUUUCUCUCUACCAAAGACCCGCAGAUGAAGGCUGUUUGGCAGUGGAAGUUGAACCAGGCUGUUCGUCAGGCACUGAAUGGGAAGCGAGAUUUCCCAUUGUGGGGCAAGACCGGUGAAGGCACCGAGCCCCCGUCCUGCCGCUUCUUCACCUACGUCUUCAGGCUGGAGGGCAAGUUCAAGAGCGCAUCCUACGAGGGCGAGUGGCACUGGGGAAAGCCACAUGGCAAGGGGACACUGAAGUGGCGCAACGGACGCAACCACGUUGGAGAUUUCAAAGAUGGCUUGGAACAUGGGUUUGGAAUAUGCCUUGUCCCACGUCGAUCUGAAGACCGGUAUGACUGCUAUAAGUGCCACUGGUAUGAGGGCAAGAUGAGAGGCUAUGGAAUCUGUGAGUAUGGGAAUGAUAUAGUCUACAAAGGCUACUUCAGAGACAAUGUGCGUCAAGGAUUUGGGAUACUGGAGAACCUCUCAGCUGAUCACUCGUUUAAAUACACAGGACAAUGGGAAAAUGACAAGAAGAAUGGAUAUGGAGUCUGGGAAGACAAAGAUAGAGGGGAGAGAUACAUAGGGACAUGGCUUGAUGACCACAAACAUGGCCAAGGCAUUGUAGUAACCCAGUCGGGUGUCUGCUAUCAAAGAACAUUUCAUGCUGAUAAAAUGGUGGGUUCUGGGAUUCUGCUUUUGGAAGACGACUCUGUCUAUGAAGGGAACUUCACAGAAGAUCUCACAUUUGUUGGAAAGGGGAAGCUGUCCUUUGCCAAUGGCUUCACUCUGGAGGGAACAUUUACCAACAAAUCAGGCCAAGGCCUUCAGACAUAUGGCAUCCUGAACACAUCGAAUGAGCAGCUGGAUGACAGGAUAACCAAAGCUCAGCUGGGCCUUGAGGAGUUCCCAGUGGAGAAGAGAUGGAAGGGAAUCUAUGACCAGUUCCUGGAGUUCAUCCAUUCUGGCUGCAAAGAAGAAACGGAGGAGUCUUUCAUGGGGUUCCACAUACAAACAAGCAAGGAGCUGCGGAAAUCUCAGGAGUACUUCUUCUACCAAAGGGGGACUGAGGAUGUAUCCUGGAAGACAGAAGACAUUCUUGAAGAGCUUGUCCAGAACCAGGGGCUGGAGUCACUACAAAGUUACUUAGAGAAGGCAUUGAAGUCUUCCCUGCACCCUCUGGGAAAGCUGCUGAAGGCCUUGACAAUAGCUUUUCAGGCAACAUACUCUGGGAUUGGGGCCAACAGACACUUGCUGACUAUGGCACAAGAGGAAGUCAAGUACUAUGCCAAGAAAAUAUGGGACUUCUAUCAGGGUUUGCUCCAUCUGGCGCUAGAGCAGAAAGGCCAACUCCCCACAAAGUGUGUGGAUGGGGAUACGAGUGACCAGAAGGCACGCAGUGUGGUCCUGCCACUGAUCUUGCCCUGCUUCUACCCAGAGCUUUUCAUGCUCUACAUGCUCUAUCAUGAAAGAGAAGACGACCUGUACUGCCAAGGGAUCGUGGACCUCAGCCUGUUUCCUGAUAUCAAGCUGCUAGAGUUUCUGGAUGUGCAGAAACACCUCUGGCCUCUGAAAGAUCUCACCCUGACAACCAACCAGAGGCGAUCCCUCAUCAAAGACAAGUGUUUCCUCUCCGCCACCGAGUGUUUGCAGAAGCUGAUCACCACGGUGGAUCCCCGGGAGAAGCUGGUGAUCCUCCAGAAGACAUACGAGGAGAUAGAGAGCACAGUGUCCCGGGUCGUGGAGAAGGACUACAAGCUCCCCAUGGAUGACCUGUUGCCCCUGCUGAUGUACGUUGUAUCCCGAGCAAAAAUACAGCACCUGGGAGCUGAAAUCCAUCUGAUCAGAGACUUGAUGGAACCCACCAACCAAGGAGGACUGUAUGACUUUCUGUUAACCGCACUAGAGUCGUGCUACGAACACAUACAGAGGAUGAGACUCCACCAAAGAGAGAACUGUCAUGUGAACCACCGCUCCUGAGCCCAAGGCCACAAAGGGAACCUGCUCCCUGCUGCACUUUCUUGACCAAACACUGUUGGAUGAAGACACAAUUGAGUCACCGCUGUUCUGGCUUCCUUUAGAAACAGGAAGGAUGGUUAUUUAUCCCUUUGCUGUUUUUUUUACUAGCUACAAUCAAAGCGCAGACAUAGGGAUGCUGUGGGCUAAGCCUUCAGCUUGCGUUUGGGCAUCUCUUUGCGGAAAGUGGCCACAGUUUCUUUCUAUUUCACUUUCCUGCGAAUAGCAGCCUGCUUUGAAACCGCUUUUACUGUUCCCUCAGAUGCUCUGUUUGUUUUGCACUAGUGAACUGAUAUGAGGGAGGUUAUUGUAUAGAAAGCGGUCAAAUGGAACCAUAAGUGUUUUGGUGAGACUAUUUCUGGCUGGCAGAAACAGGACAAACCAUCUCCGUGCUCCUAAACGUUCCUGGAGAUGUUUUAUUCCUAUAUCCCGAAGAGGAAGGUUUUUUCAUUCCUUUUCUUACCUUUGGCAAACUCAGUACCUCUCUGUUGCAUUGUAAAAGCUGCUAUUGACUAAUUCUCUUGUUUUAUGAUACUUAAAAGUGUAUAUUUAUACUCCACAUUAAAGCUCAGGGAUGUCACACUCGCACCUUGAACAUUCUAGUGCUGCUUUCUAACUCUGCAGGGGUUCACGUGUGCCUAACAAAAAGGACAUAGAUUAUCUUGGAGUGAGAAAUCUCAAAUCCUGGUGUGACAAAACAUAAACCCACCUGCUUUUCUGCACUGACAAAGCUGUAAAAACACAGCUUUUUGGAGGUAUUUUUGUCCUAAGUGCACAGCUUUGUGCUGACAGAUCACCCACUGACGCCAGUGGGGCACAAAUUGGGCUGGGUUUUAGGCUGCCUUUAUAAAAGGCAAAUGGAUAUUUGGUAUCCUGUUCUUAUCAGGCAAAAAUACUAAUGUCUGAGUUGCAUAUUAGAGCAAAAGCUCUUUUGAACUAGUUUUUAACCUGCUCUUUUUUAUUUUUACAGUUCGAUUUUAAGUUGUCCAGGUCUGUGACUUCAGAAAAAUAAACACUCUACAGACUGUUUCCUCCUGUUUAUCACAAGUAUUAUGCUUUAAUAAAUAGUGCAUUGAUUACAAUAGUUAAUAUAUUGGUAUGAAAGUACCUUAAUGGAUGUUUUACAGUAAUUUUGUAUUUAAAUAAAGCUGUUUAAUUUUUAAGAGAGA